AUGGCUGACAUCGAUCGAGCGAUUGUAAAUAUACAACAACAAUUAAACAUCUCGUUAAAAAAUGAACAGAAAGAAAUACUGGAGUUGAUCCUACAGAAGAAAGACUGCGUUUGUGUAUUGCCCACGGGUUUUGGGAAGAGUCUUCCGUACCAGUUGUCCAUAUUAACAAGACAGACACUGACGGAAUCAGCUGAUCGAGUUGGGAAAGUUAUCGUGUAUUCUCCACUAGUAGCAGCACUGAUGAAGGAUCAAGUCCAACGUGUGCACAGACUAACAGGAUGUAGAGCCCAGAUACUAGGCAAUGACAAGACAGGAUAUUUUGCCAUUAGAGAUGGUAAUGUGGAUUUCAUAUUUGGAUCCCCAGAGACUCUUGUUGGGAACAAAGAGUGGAGGUCUUCGUUGCAAAAACUUCAAGUUGACACCAUAGUAGUGGAUGAAUUUCACACAAUAGCAACAUGUGCUACAUGCACUCUGAAGAUUCAACAUAGAGUGAUAAAAGUUUUAUGUUUGUCACCAUCUACCAUGGUGAUCAAACUUCCACCAAAUCCAGCCAAUGUAAAACUCUGUGUCUCCAAGGACCCAUCAUCUAAAUGGAAUCUCAUUAUAGCGACCAAUGCACUGGGCAUGGGUAUUGAUGUUAAAGACUGUCACUCUCUCAUCUUAUUUGGAGCUCCAAGAUUAAUCGUGGAUUUAUUACAGGAGAUUGGGAGAGUGGGAAGGGAUCAGCAGCCUUCUCUUGCCUUACUACUGCAUCAUGGACACCAUUUGAGUCACGUCGAAACUGAAGUAAAAGAAUUUUACAAAGCUGCCACUUGUCGAAGACAGAUGUUGAUGACCAACUUCUUAUCAGAAUCCGAGAUGAAUUUGGUGAAAGUGCAGAGUGGCAACCACACUUGUUGUGACUUGUGUAUGAAAGACUGUUCAUGUUUAAACUGUACGGAUAUGUUAUAUCUGGAGAAGUCUUUCCUUGUGAUAAGCAUAGACAGUGCCGAUAGUGUCGAUAGUACAGACUCUGAUUUCCCUGAAGAGCUGCUUGUAUGUGAUGAUUAUGAUGAGUAA